CUAUAGGGCGGUGGGAGCCUAUCACAGCGGGGAGUCUGGUGGGACUGCCAGGGUUUAGCCGCCACGUGAGUUCUCCGGUGCUGCGGCAACACGCACCAGGGACAGCAUGUUGGCGAUAGGGGCAGCUCGUAAGAGGGGAAAGCCGGCCUCAGGGGCCGGGGCUGGUGCGGGGGCCGGCAAGCGGCGGCGAAAGGGCGACUCCUCUGGGGACAAGGUCAAGUCCAAGGGUGGCGGCAAGAUGAAUGAGGAGAUCUCGAGCGACUCGGAGAGUGAGAGUCUAGUGCCCAGGAGGACUGAGGAGGAGGAGGAGGAGGAGCUGGAGGAGACUGCACAGGAGAAGAAGCUGCGCUUGGCCAAGGUCUACCUGGAGCAGCUCAGGCAGCAAGAGGAGGAGAAGGCUGAGGCCCGCGAAUUUGAGGAGGACCAGGUGGCAGGGAGGCUGAAGGAGGAUGUGCUCGAGCAGAGGGGCAGGCUGCAGAAGUCAGUGGCAAAGGAGAUCCAGGCCCCAGACCCGGCUGACAUUCGAAUCUUACGGGGCCACCAGCUGUCUAUCACGUGUCUGGUUGUCACCCCUGAUGACCUGGCCAUCUUUUCUGCUGCCAAAGACUGCACCAUUAUUAAGUGGAGCGUGGAGAGUGGACGGAAACUUCAUGUGAUCCCUCGAGCCAAGAAGGGCGCCGAGGGGCAACCCCCCGGCCACAGCACCCAUGUCCUCUGCAUGGCCAUCUCCUCCGAUGGCAAGUACUUGGCUUCAGGCGACCGCAGCAAGCUCAUUCUCAUUUGGGAGGCCCAGAGCUGCCAGCACCUGUACACCUUCACAGGUCACCGGGACGCUGUGUCGGGGCUGGCGUUCCGCAGAGGCACCCACCAGCUCUACAGCACGUCCCACGACCGUUCUGUGAAGGUGUGGAAUGUGGCAGAGAACUCCUACGUGGAGACGCUCUUCGGGCACCAGGACGCCGUGGCCGCGCUGGAUGCUCUAAGCAGGGAGUGCUGCGUGACCGCCGGGGGCCGGGACGGGACCGUGCGCGUGUGGAAGAUCCCCGAGGAAACCCAGCUUGUCUUCUGCGGCCACCAGGGCUCCAUCGACAGCGUCCAGCUCAUCAACGAGGAGCACAUGGUGUCAGGCGCAGAUGAUGGCUCUGUGGCCCUGUGGGGCCUCUCCAAGAAGCGGCCACUUGCCCUGCAGCGUGAGGCCCACGGGCUGCGGGGGGAGCCGGGCUUGGAGCAGCCCUUCUGGGUGUCGUCAGUGGCAGCCCUGCUCAACACAGACCUUGUGGCCACAGGCUCCCACAACAAUUCUGUGCGGCUCUGGCAAUGUGGAGAGGGCUUCCGGCAGCUUGACCUUCUCUACGACAUCCCCCUGGUGGGCUUUGUCAAUAGCCUCAAGUUCUCCAGUGCUGGGGACUUCCUGGUGGCUGGGGUGGGGCAGGAGCACAGGCUUGGCCGGUGGUGGCGGAUCAAAGAGGCCCGGAACUCUGUCUGCAUCAUCCCUCUCCGCAGGGCCCCCAGACCCCCGGCCGCUGGCUCCUGACACUCACAUCCCCUUUAUUUAAGUUCUCCCCAAGUCACCCCCUGCUUUCUUUGUAUUAAAAGUCUUCCCUUUUGGG